AUGGCUCUGAGCAACCUCACCAUUGGGGUGGUCUGCUGCGUAGUGGUAGCCAUCGUCGCCUUAGCCACCAGAAAGAAACCCGACACGAGAGAGCCACCAUAUGUCAAAGAGACUGUCCCGUACUUCAGUCACAUCUACGGACUCCUGAAGCAUGGCUUGCGAUACUUUGAUCUCGUCAGCGCUCAACAACCGCACCCAAUCUUCACGAUUGACAUGUCGGGACAAAAGAACUACAUCGUGACAUCUCCAGAACUUGUACAAGCUGUUCAGCGCAACACAACUUCCUUGUCAUUCAGCCCAGCUAUGAUCCCGGCGUUUCGUCGAAUGAUGGGAUUCGACGAGGCCGGUAUUGAACUCAUCUUUCGCGAUGCUCAUACUGAGAACGGCAUGUAUGGUGAGAUCCAUAGAGUUCAAAAGGCAUCACUACUUCCCGGUACAGAAUCUCUCGAUGAACUGUGCACACUCAUUCGUGCUAAACUUCUCAACAUCGUCAAUGAGCUCCCGUCAAGUCAGACAAUCGAUCUCUAUGCUUGGAUUCAAGACCUGUUCAUGAGAACAAACAACUCUGCUUGCUUUGGCGAGAAGGACCCUUUCACUCUUGAUCCAUCUCUCAACUCAACAUUUUGGGCCUGGGAGGCCAAUAUCAAGGUGCUUCUCCUUGGCGUCCCUUGGUUCUUGAGCCCAAAGAAGCACUCCACAGCACAAAAGACUCGUAAAGAGCUCGUCGAUGCAUUCCUGAAGUAUCUUGAGGACGACGGUCUGGACACUGCUUGCUCGUUCAUCAAGGAACUUUCUGGUCUAGGCAUCCGACGGGGUUUGAGUAAUGAGAAUAAUGCCCGCGCUCUACUUGGCAGCAUCCUUGCCAUUGUUGGAAACACCAUUCCCACGACAUUCUGGCUGUUGAUAUCGAUCUUGUCCAGGCCUGAUCUGCUGAAAGAGAUUCGAUCAGAACUUGAAACAACCCUUGAAGACUCUUCUUCUGGGGUCAUAUCUCUCGACUACACCACUAUUCGUGAGAAGUGCCCAGUCUUCAUGUCAACUUACGAUGAAGUCCUCCGAAUGACGAGUGGUAUUGCGACAGUGCGGUACACCAACGAAGACACUCUGAUCCAGGACCGCUGGCUCUUGAAGAAAGGAGCUCAAGUCCAGAUGCCAACAGCUUUCAUCCACGCUGAUCCAACGACCUGGGGUGCGGACGCGGAUGUCUUUGACCACACAAGAUUUCUGAACUCAAAGGUCCUUACCAAGGAGCAGAAGACCCGAAGGGCUGCCGCAUUCAGACCCUUUGGCGGUGGCAACACUCUCUGCCCUGGCCGUCACUUUGCAUCUUAUGAAGUCCUGACCUUUGCGGGAAGCGUUCUGCUUGGUUUUGAUAUGGCUUCAACCACGAAAACCUUCAAUGUUCCCCAGAUGGAUAGAUCAAAACUUCCGUUAACAUCUCUUAAACCGGCUGGGGACAUCAAGGUAUCUCUGUCAAGGAGGUCAGGUUGGGAAGAGACGCAGUUUAGAUAA